AACAAGUCAACAACCCUUCCGAACAAACAGAAGCACAACUCCUUUUCAAACUCCCAAACAGAAAGCCCCCACGCCACACGCCGCCGACCACCGAGGAAAGGAAACGUUCCCUCCCCAUCCAAACCUUCCGCCGCUGCAACAUCCCCGCCCCUAUAUGGCUGCCGCCGCCGCCGCACGCGGCCUCGCCGGCGACCCGCCGGGAUCGACCCUCCGCCGCGUCGGCAACGACGACUGCGGCGCGUACGACCGCGACGACUCCCUCAAGGAGAACACCAACCCCAAGUGCGCCAUCGCCGUCAAGAGCAGCCACCCCGCCGGCGGCGGCGGCAACUCGCAGCGGUUCUCCGGCAACCUGAAGCCGACGGCGGCGCCCAUCAUCGGCGUCUCCGGGAAGUUCUCCGUCGGCGGCGGGGGCCAGGGGUGCGCCCGGCGGCAGCGCCCGCCCGCCAUGUUCCCCAGGAAGGCCAGGACCGGCGGCGGCGGGCGCAACCCGAAGCCGGCGGUGCCCGAGCCCGGGUCGCCCAAGGUCUCCUGCAUCGGGAAGGUCCUCUCCGCCUCCGGCCGCGAGCGGGGGGCGCCGCCGCCGAAGGAGAAGACGAGCGCUGCCGCGGGCAGCGGCGGCUGCGGCUGCUGGGGAGGCGGGUUCUCGAUCCGCCGCAGCCGCUCCAGGAAGAGCGCCGUGGAGAGCGUCGACUGGUCUCCGGCCCCGGGUCUCCCGCGGGCGUACGUGGCCCGUCGGAGUGAGGCGGAGGCGCCGCCGUCGCCGGCGCUGGGAGGGAUGAGGCGGUUCGCGUCGGGGCGGCGCGGUGCGGAUUGGGCGGCUGGGAUGGAGGAGGGCGGACGCGUGGCGAGAUCUGGGCCGUUGUAGUUCGUUGCGGUGAACACGAGAAGAUAGCUUGAAGCACAUGGAUGGCAGUUUGGUUUGGCGUGGCUUUCUCUAUCUGUUGGUUGUUGCUGUGCUUUCGGGGGUAGCUGUGGCGUGUACAUGAUCAAAUUAGGUCUCCAAAUUACCUUGCGAUAUUUUAGUUUAGUUCGGUAGAAUUUACUCUGUUUCGUUAUGAUUGUUUUUGGCUUUGUUUCCGGUACUGUAAAGUUUCAACCUGACGAGUUUUAAAGUGCUUGAGUACUGGACGGCUCGAGCCUAGGCUUGUUAAGAUUCGCAUUUUGGUUAUACUCUAA